AUGCAAGCGCGCGAUGCCUCGGGUCGCCGCGUCUCGUUACUGAACGACGAAGGCAAUAACACCGGCGCUUCCGCUCAUGGUGGGCUCACGGCGCAAAGGCCGCUACCGCAAAGACCAUUGAGCUUUCACUCUAAUCAUGUCCUCUCCCGUCCCGCCGCCCUGUCUCGCAGCACUUCAUCUUCACCGCACAUGCCCGAGCUUUCCCGCUCCGAAUCAUACGACUCCCAAGCCAGCACCGACCCCUUGUCGCCUCUCACACCCGCCACAGACUAUGCCUUUCCCCGUACUGCGCAAUACCCCCUCAACCAGGCCUACGCAGUUGAUCCCACCGUGACGAAGCGUCCCGCAUUUGCAGAGAGCCGCACCACCUCGUACGCAGGGGAAGAACCGGCCGCCACGUCGCCUCUACCCGAGCAACGGCAGGGCAAGCGGUAUCCUUGUCGGUAUCGUGAGACGCACGGAUGCGAGAAGACCUUUACCACCUCUGGACACGCCUCGCGUCACUCUAAAAUCCACACGGCGGAGAAGGCUGUGCAGUGCUCAUUCCCGCUCUGUCAGAAGAAGUUCACCCGCGCCGACAACAUGAAGCAGCACUUGGAAACGCACUUCAAAGAUCGCGCGCGUGGUGCCGCCGCUAGCGCCCAGCGCGCCCAGAGGAUGGCUGCGCGCAAUCGCCCCGUGGCCCGCGAGUCGCAGCCGUCGACGACGCGCUCCUGGGAGCCGACCGAGCAGCUACCGUUACCAACGCCUCCUCUGGCCUCGCCUACUGGCACCGGCGCAACCUGGGACAUGAGUGGCUUGAACCUACCCCUCCUCAGUCGCCCUGUCGCCGCCCGCACGCCAAGCAGCGGCCUCGACGCCCUGGCGAUGGCCAUUGCCCACCAGGAGGAGGUUGCCUGA